UGAGUCAAAUUAUGUGGGACGACCCAAAAUGGAAAAUUGGGUCAAAUUAUGUGGGACGGAGGGAGUAUUAGUAUUGAAUUUGUCAGAACAUUCCAAGCUUCCUACCGCGAAAUACUUCCUCUGUACGCCAUUAGAAGUCCUGUUUUACUAUUUUAAUCUGUUUGCUAUUUGGAGUCAUUGUUCACUUUUACUAUAAAUCAUAGGUAGACUUCAUUUUCUACUAACUCAUUCCACUCACAUUCUAUUAUAAAACUAGUAUACAAAAAUUGGUCUCAUAUUCUACUAUCUUUUCUCAUCCACUUUCCUUUAUACGGAGUAUUUAUUAAAAUUCAUGCUGAACUCAAAUGAGACUCUUAAUAGCGGACGAAGAGAGUACUAGACCUAAGGAAAAUAUGAAGAAAAUAAAAAAUAAAAUAAAAGCUAACGUGAGGAAAGCACAAAAAAAAAACUGAAAAAGAUGCUAGUAUAUGUUGACUUUGUGUUAAGUAGUACUCCCUCCGUCCCGUUUUAGGAGCUCGGUUGAUCAAUUUUGUGUUUCCCGCUUUAGGAGUUCCGGUUGGAAUAAACUAAUAAAAAAUGUUUAUAAUUCAAUUUAAAAUGUGUUAAAAGAGGAUUCCAAUAUCCACUACAACAUUUAUUUAUUAUACACUCAAAUACUUUUUUAAAAUAUGUGCCAAAAGUGGGUUCCAAUAUCUACUACAACAUUUAUUUAUUACACAUAUAAACACUUUCUUAAAAUAUGUGUUCAACUCAAUUGGAACUCCUAAAGUGGGACGGAGGGAGUAGUAAUUCUCGGUGCAUUCAUUUAGUGUGUGUAGUUAGUUACAUAUAGUGUGUGUAACGGGCCUCUCUCCAACCAGCCCAUCAAUUUUCCACAUGGGCCUCUCCAACCAGCCCAUCAACUUAUGUUACGAGCGCAUGAGCAUUAUACUUUUCAACCGGAUAUAAUUAAACGUAAUUUGCGGGAGUAGUCAAUUCGUCGCACAUUUGAUACUUCAAAAUCCAACAUCCAAACUCUCUCUUCAACCAAAAAAAAAACUCUCUCUUCAACCAAAUCCAAAGCCCUACCAUGCCGUUUUUACCCGAAGAAAUCGUCAGAGAAAUUCUGUGCCGCCUGCCGCCGAAGGCGCUGCUGCGUUUCAGGUCCGUUUCCAGAUCAUGGCGAUCCUUAAUCGACAGCAAACAAUUCACUCAACUGCAUCUGCAACAGUCCUUGAGAUCCAGCAGAAAUCUCACCCUAUUGGUCGAUUCAUCUCCAUUCUACUACGUAGAUCUGGAUUCCUUCAAGCAAUUGCAAGUUGGCGACGCGCGAAUCGAGGCAUUCUCCGUCACGGGCUCCUGCGAUGGCCUCGUUCUCCUCAUCCCCACCUCCGGCGACAUAUUCCUGUGGAAUCCGGCGAUCCGCAAGCAGAUCAAAUUGGCGGCGCAGCCGGUGAUUCCCGCUCGAUUUUUCCGAUCCGAGUACGGGCAGUCUGCAUUCGCGCUGGGAUACGAUUCUAAACACGACGAUUAUAAAGUUGUUAGGGUUUGUCAGGCUGCAAACGACAUAAAUGGAGCUGCCUUCACCACGGAAACGACGAUCUACAGCCUCAAAUCCAAUUCAUGGAAGAAAGCAAAGGAUUUCCCCUAUGUGUUGCCACGUCACACCUCAAGGUGGGGAAUCUAUCUGAACGGCGCGCUCCACACGGUUGCGAAGCACGACGACAAGCCUAAGAUGGUGAUCAUGGCGUUUGAUCUCGGGAAGGAGGAGCACUGCGAGAUUCCGCUGCCGGAACACAGAGGCGCCGCGAUUCGUGGUUUGGAAUGAGUGGAGGUGUUGGGAGGGUGUCUUGCGGCGGUUGUUGCUGGGAAGAAAUGUAGCACCGAGAUCUGGUUGAUGAAGGAAUACGGCGUGAAGCAGUCAUGGGUGAAAUUGCUCCGAUUCAAGCAGCCGUGUCGCGAUCUGCGGCCGCUGGCUUACUCCAAAGGCGGCGGCGAGGUUUGCUGAACGAAGAUGGAAUGUGCCUCAGCUGGUACGAUCUGAAGAAGAAAACCGUCGCAAUCGCUCGUGUUAUUGGCUUCAGCGCCUCGUAUAAGGCGAAGGCGGAUGAGCCGUUUUUCGACACGGAGGUUGUUGUCGAGAGCCUUGUUUGGCCUUGUGUGGAGGAGAAGGAGAUGAAGAUGGAGAUGAAGAUGAAAAGGGAUGAUUUUCUUUCAAGUGGAUUCAAGCUAAGGCUAUGAAGAAUUAGCAAUGAUGGAGAAAAGGAGGUCGACUAAAAUGAAGUGCUUUUCGUUUGUUUGAAGUGCUUACUUAUUAGAUUACUCUAUAAAAAUUGGGACGAACAUUGAUGGUAAGAGCAUUCCCAACGGUGAGCAGCAGCUCACCGUCCGUCCUUGCCGCUGGCAAGGACGCGCUCCGCCACCAUUGCGCUCUUGCCGCUGGCAGGGCGCUGCUCUAUGCAUAGAGCACGUCCGUGCCAGCGGCAAGAGCACAGCGCGUCGACGUGGCAGCU